CUUCCUUUUACAUUGACUCACUUGACAUUUGCGUUUAGAUCACGCUGCAGACAACCUCCUAACGUGAUUCUACUUUAUCGGAAAUCUGUGUUUUUGGACUUUUUGCCUUGUGUGUCUUUCAUUAAACGUUUUCCAGCUACACACAAUUUUCAUGGAUGUUUGAUAUGGAUGUAGUUUUUAGUUUGGCAAAUUAUCCGUAACUAACUGAAUGGCAGGCACAGGCAUGCCGACCAAAACACAUGGAGCUGGAGUCUUCGUAGAACUGAGGAGGAGGCUUCAGAGUGGACUCCUUAUUGUCGGGAAAGACGUAGCUCAAAGCCCUUCUGACGUGGUCGUGACAGGUGGUGAUUCCUCACUCCAUGUCCGGACUCCGCGGGGUAACCUGAGCCUGACUUUGCCGGCAGGAGUCACCUUGGAGCCGGGAUCCUGCCUCCCGACACCUGCAGGAGAUUCCUGCGUGGAGGAGCUGCAUUUCAGGCUGCGCAUUAAUGUUGCACAAAGCAACGGUGACGAGACUUCUGACAGUGUGAUGGAGACGCUCAGUACGAAGGAGACUUAUUGCUUCCACUGCCAGAGCUGCAUGACCAGGCUGUUGGAGGACAGGGCGUUUAAGCGAGUCCUCCCCCUCCCAAAUGGCAACUGGAACGCCAUUGUGGACGACUGGUGUUGUCACCCCGAUCCAUUUGCUAACAAGAAGCUGCUGCCCAGAGCAGAGGACUGUUUAACGGGCGACACCUUCCUGCUUGUCGCAAGAGAUGGCAGCUGUGAGCAGACCCUCGCAGAGGAAGUGAGCCUCGUUGGUGGCGACAGUCACGACCCGAAGAAGCCCUGUCGCCGACUGACACUCCUCUCCUGCAAGAGCUGUUCCUCUGUGCUGGGAGAGGCCGUAGCGCCAGGGUCGCUGAAGCUGUACAUCACACAGGUGGUGGUGGAGCCCGCAGUGGGAGACAGAAAGGCAGACGCUUCGCAUAACAGGUCUCUCUUCCUGGAGAGGACUGUAGCCGCCAGACUGUUGAGGUUGUCACAGUCACUCAGCACCUUCCACUUCACCGUCCAGACUCCUGAUGGAAAGGCCUUCCUGUUGCUCUGGCUGCUGAACAGCGACUCCAUCGUCGCGCCGGUCCCGGAGACGUGCGACGAGGACGAGGCGCCCACCGGCUCCCCUGCGCGUCGCUCUCCGUCACCCCGAGCUGCCAGAGCCCUGAAGCUCCUCUACAUCACCUGCUCCAGCGCCAGCAUCCAGCAGAGAGACAUUGUAAGUAGUUGGGAGGUCAAUGCCACCGGACACCCUGUGGAGCUGCCGCUGAAGGUGUGCGAGGAGCUGCUGCGACUGAUAGAGGACAGCAACUCUGCGCUCCCCACAUCGAUGCGAUGCAUGAGGUCCUAUGAGGUGGCCUACAUGAGGCUGUGAGAGCUGAAGUCAGAUGAGCCACUCUUCACUCUUUGGGGCGAUGACUUGGACAGAUGCUGGACGUGAAGCUUCUGUGAAUAUGAGCGUGUAGGCUUGCAGAAAAAUCAAAUACAGCCAGCACCUUGUUUAGCUUGUCACUGUGAUGAUCGGUAAUGCAUAUUUUUCUUAUCAACAAAACAGAAUAAACUUUUGUACAAGUA